AUGUUGCUGUUCAUAUUCCUUCCUCGGCAAAUUCGCGCUUUCGCCGCGCUUCGCUACACAGUUUUUGGUGGUGAGUCUAUCCACGCAUUUCUUGAUACGCCAAACACACCGCCUCCAUUUGCAUGGGCGAUGAAGGCCCUGUCUAGUAAAAUUACUGGAACUGUUUCUCGGUCUUCACAGUCGCACGACGUGUUAGGAAAGAAAGGUGACGAUUCAAAUGCAAUUCUUGCAAAUUCAACGGAUAACUGGGGAAAGGACACACCAAACCAAUCUAAGAAUGUACAAAAUGGUAUACUAAAAACUCCAGGAACAGCUCAAGCCAAAAAAUCUGUAAAGUUCCGCACGGCAGAAAACGCGCCGGUUUCCUCCUGGCAAUCACUACUUACUCGUCGAUUUCAAAAGGAGCAUGACCUUUCCGGGGUGGAUAAAGCCUUUAGUCCUCGACCUUCGCGAUUGUCGCAGCUACAGGAAGACGAAACAAAGGAUGAUGAUGAUACCUUUGGUGCGUCCAUUACCCAACCAUUGUACACGAAGACGAAUGAAGUAGACAAUUUAGAUGGGCUGGUAGAAAAGGUCACAUCCCAAGAAACGAACAACGCUGAUUCCGAAAAUGCAGUUGAACCUGCUCAGUCAAAUGACUGGACAGAACUAUUAAAACGAUCUCUUCGAGAUGUGGUUAACAACAACCGUCGAAUGUCAUCCGUACUUCACGAUAUGCUUGUCGAUACUUCGCAACAGUCCAUUGUACAGCCGGACGAUGCCAUUGAGGAUCCAGAUUACACAGUCAAUUUUGACUCGCCUAAAUCAUCUUCUGGCAAGUAUUGGAAAGAGAAGUUUUCCACACUCGAGAUCAUCAAUUCCAAGCUUGAAAAAGAUUGGAACAUGCUCAACAAGAGCGUGACCGAGUCCAUCGCUGAAAAAGAUCGUGAAGUUGCUUAUUGGAAGGGCAAGUAUGAAGAGCUUCUUAAACGACAAUCGUCGAAACCGGCAGCCGUUGACACCCCAGUUGAGCAACUCACAACAAAACCAGUGCCCGAUUCGACGACCCCUUCGCAUCCUACACCUCAACCCCGAGACAUGUCAGAACUCGCUGCGCAAAUGCUAUCACACUCUGCUCGGAAACGAGCCAUGCAAAAGAAUGCUCUUAAUCUUACAGCUACAGAUUCACCACGCACUCCGUCCAGGCGUACUCCUGGGUUGCGAGAACGACUACUAAGAGCCACACAAACACCCACGCCCAUUCCUGUCACACCGACUGUCGAGACAAAAGAGAAGCGAAGUGCUGCUGCACAAGAUGAAGACGAUGUGUUUCUCGGCAAAGGUGUUAACGAUGGUACUUUCAGAAAGGGUAGUGACAUGCUGCAAAUGCCUGUGAAGGAGAGCCGCUUGGAAAAACCAAUUACUAUUGAUACUCCAGAUUCGCUUGAUCAUUUAGCAGCAGCAGCAAAACGUUUGGAAGAGCGUCGUCGUCGUUGGAAGUUACGGAAACAAGGUCUCUAA